CUUGCAGUUGCGAUAUCACCAAGUAUUGCGUCGAGUAGCCUCAAAAGGGUUAUUGAGAUACAGAUACAUUCCGGAGGAGUAAAGUUAAUAACAACCAAGCUAUUCCGAAAAUAACUAAUGUCCAGUGAUGAUCAGCUAAGUAUGGAAAUAUCGGCUGGGCGGCAUACUGUGCGGGUUACAGUUACAGUAAGGCAUAGCCUCAUUCCGAUUACCGACAAGAAUCGAACCAAAAUAUCAGUCCUCCAUAUCUGGGUUCUGGAUACAUCUUCCCACGUCUUAAAACAUAACUUGGAAAUUUAUAUUCCUAUCUUCCGCUCCUACGGAGGAGCACUGACCUUGUCGGAUCCGUGCCGAUUGAAAACUUGACGACAAUAGCCCCUAUCGUAUACUACUAUGGAAUGGCUGUCGCCAAAGUGGGCACCGAGAUGGACUGUAUCGAAAUGGCUACUCUUUGCCAGGCUGUUACAGGUGUCGGGUACUCUCGUAACUGCUGUAAUGAACGGGUUUCUUCUUGUAUACAUCAACGGUAAUCGACUCGGCCUUGCGACAAGUAUGUACUGUCUAGAGAUGAUGAGUUGUGUCGCACUCAUCUAUUCUGGCAUUGUACUCUUGAUGCAGCACUCCGGUAACCGACAUAGGAGAUAUAGCACGAUAUUGUCCACCAUCUUCAUCGUUGGCGACGUGGUAUUCAAUGGAAUGAUGAUCGCCAUCAUAACACUGCUCUCUCGCACAGGACUUCCAACGGAUUGUCAUGGGUUAACUCGAGACGAUAACGAAAAGAACGACGCUCCUAACAACCCGCCUCCAGGAUACGAUACGAUAAGAUUUGGUAACGGAGGUGAUAUAAAAGGACUACUUGAUAGAUACUGUUCCCUAGAACAAAGUUUCUAUUUUAUCGCCGCAGCACUAAUAUUUACUUACAUGUUGACGACAACAUUGGGGGCCUUACGAAUCUUCGAGCAACGUUGGAACCACGGCCAAAAAGAUCACUUAUUUACGCCGGUAGAUGAUACGUAUCAACUUGAUCACAUAAGAUCCAAUAUUCAAAGUCCCAAUCCCGAGAGAGGCCUAGAUCGUGUGGAGCCAUCUAGCGAAGGGAUCUGUACGCCGGCCGCAAGGGCUAACCCGACAAUACAAACCCACGACUUCGGAUCUUCAGGUGAACUACAUGAGGAUCACGUAUUCAACGAGCAAAGGAGGACACUACCACUUCCUGUCUCGCCCGUUUCCGUCGCUUCCCGAAUAUCUCAGGUGUCUCCCAUUUCGCCAGUUAUACACCAGCAUGGAAUAUUCCACACGGUAUCUCAGGACGUGCCGGACACGUCCAUAGGCAGUUCGGAUCUCGCAGCCGAGGCCAUGGUAACAGACGGGUAUCGGUAUAGAGUUCAACCAGGAAUCUCGACACUGCCUGCCUAUUCCACAAGUCAGUCAAGGGGACAGUUUAUGGAUGGGCAUGGCGAUGAGUCAAACGAGAUGCGUUUGAGUGGCUACGUCAAGGGCGAAACGCGGGCGCAAAACAUGAAGGACUCUGGAUCAGGUAUGUAG